GCUUUAUAAGCACCGGCGAUUCGAAGGCACCGGGUAAUUUGGGCCUGAAGGAUCAGGUCGUAGCGCUUCGAUGGGUCCAAAGGAACAUAGCCGCUUUUGGCGGCAAUCCCAACAGCGUCACUAUAUCUGGCUACAGCGUCGGUGGAUUGAGCGUGUAUUUGCACAUGGUCUCGCCGAU